AUGUCCAAGGUUUACCUAGAGUCUGAGAUCAUUUUGUAUGACUUGGCUUGUACCCAGAAUGUCUGCUUCUCUCCCGUUUUCUGGCGCAUUCGCCUCAUGCUCAACUAUAAGAACAUCCUAUAUCGGGAAAUAUGCUUGGAAUUUCCGGAUAUUGAGCCUACAUUGGAAGCACUGUGUUACAUCCGCCGUCUGACGCUCUUAUUUGUCGUCGGCCCUCUUCUCUGCCUUUUCGCGAAACCGCCAUCUCGGUGCCUUUCGAUGACCGGUUUGAGCCCACGGGCGUCCGCAUCCGGGUCCAAAUAUACGGCCCCCGUCAUUCAGCAUGUGCCAGCUAGCACAUGCAUUAUGGACUCGGUUCCCAUCGCGCGGUUCCUCGACUCAACCGCCACUGACAUCGAGCUGGGCCGCGAUAUUGAAACCAGAGCACACGCCAGUAUCGCCACUGUUCUGUAUUUCUCAUUGGUGCCAUGCGAGAUUCACAUCUUGUCACCGCGCUCGCGGGAAUAUUUCCGGCCCACGCGCGAAGACUCUCUCGGGCACCCUCUUGAGGUGCUUCUCGAUGGAGACAGGGAGGAGCGGGUUGGGAACCAGGUAAAUGAUGCGAUGAGCGCUGUGUGUGAACUUGUGCAGAUGCAUGGGGCCGAGGGGCCAUCUGUGCUUGGUACUCAGCCCGGUAACACUGAUUUCUUCGUUGCGGGAUCUCUUCGAUCUACGAGGAUGGUGGGUGAAGGGAUUUUCGGACCAAUGGUCAAAUAUCCUGGUUAUGGGAGGAUUUACGCUUGCCUCUGGCCUCUUCCAUCCAAUUGGCAAGAUGGCCGAGUUGGUCUAAGGCGCACGGUUCAGGUCAACCUGAUCCCGAUGGUUCAUAACUGUCUCCGUGUCUCGAAAGGGGCGUGGGUUCAAAUCCCACUCUUGUCAUAUCUUUUUGCCCGUUUGAUUUUUUGGGGUCUUAGAAUCGGUGAUUUCUGA